GGCACAGGGAUGACGUCAUCUCGCCCCCUCCCUACCCAGAAGCGGUGCGGAUAACCGACACAGGGAUGACGUCAUCCCUCAGAAGCAGAUUACGGUUCAGCGACAGUGGUGUUGUUGAGUGUUACAGUGACUGAGUGUUGUGGUUGCCAUGGUGCUGGAGGUGGUGGUGGUGGACCUUCUGAACCGCGUUCUCGCCGACUACAUCAUCAACCUCGACCGAUCGCAACUCUCAAUCAGCAUCUGGGGAGGAGAUGUGGUGCUGGAGAACUUGCAGAUACGGGAGGAUGCCUUGAGUGAAUUUGAUUUACCCUUCCGAGUGACAUCCGGAGUGAUUGGACGUCUAACGCUGAAGAUCCCAUGGAAGAAUUUGUACUCUGCGGCAGUCGUGGCCACGCUGGAAGACCUCACUGUGCUUGUCGUGCCAUCUACCAGCGUGGCCUAUGACGCGGCCAAGGAGCUCCGCCUCCAGCGCGAGGCGAAGCAGAAGGAGCUGCAGAGGAUCGAGGAGAUGGUGGAGAAGGCGCGGAGCAAAGGCAGCAAGACAUCAGAGAGUGAUUCGUUUGUGGAGAAGCUGACCACACAAAUCUUGAGGAAUCUGCAGCUCAAAGUCAGCCGGAUUCACGUACGGUACGAAGACAACGUCACCUACCCGUCCCGUGCUAUCGCUGUGGGCAUCACGCUGGGAAGUCUUAGUUUCCAGACAACAAACAGCAACUGGGUACCAAGUCUUCUUCAUGAAACAGAUGAACUCGUCUUUAACAAGCUUGGCCAGCUAGACAGUUUGGCUGUUUAUUGUAACAUCAACGGGGACCUCAUCUCUCAGAGUAGUCAACAACAAACUCUGGAGCUGCUGAAGCAAGGAGUGGCAAGCUCCUCCCACGUCCCUCCACUGUACCAGUACAUUCUCCCACCCGUGUGUGGAGUGUCCCGUGUCUGUGUGUGUCCUCCACGCGUCUCGUCCACCACCGCCCCAACUCGUCCCAAGGUGGAGGUGGAUGCAGCCAUCACCUCCCUCGCCCUCGCACUGUCCCACGAGCAGUAUCUGUGUGCCGUGGAUUUCGUGGAGAGCGUGGAGCGGAUGAUUCUCAACGCUCCGUUCCGGAAGUUCCGUCCCAAUGUACCGGUCCAUGGACAUGCAGCGGCGUGGUGGAGUUACUCCGUGAACUGCGUGCUGCUACGCUGUCGCCAGUGGAGUUGGCCCCGCAUGCGAGCUCACCGUGCCUGCCUCAAGGAGUACGGCGUUCUCUACGCACAGCAGCAGCAGCAGCUCCUCACCACCACCUCCUACACCUCGUCUCACAGGAAAGGAGGACAGCCCGUGAUCAACAUAGCACGCAUACAGGAGCUGGAGGAUCAGCUUGAUGUUUUCAACAUUGUCCUGGCGAGGAGACAAGCAGAGGCAGAGUUGUCCAAGCAACGGGUACGAUUGGCUCGCUCCACCACCACCUCGUCCACCACCUCGUCCACCACCUCGUCCACCACCUCGUCCACCUCGUCACCCCGUGUGGGCGUGCGUGGGUGGCUGGGAGGAUGGUUCAGUGGGAAGGGAGAUGGCAAGACAGGAAGAGAAGAGAAAGGUGAUUGUGGUGAUUGUG